CAGUCUCCAAAUCACAACAAGUCAUGACAAAUUCCACAACCGUUCCACUCAUCAUUCAUGGUGUUGACGUCUUGAACGGAUCCGCCAACGAGCCUGCUUCGUUAUUCAGGCCCAACCCAGACAACGAUAGCAAUCGUGGUGUCUAUGCCGCCGGGGCGACACCAGCAUUAUGCGUACAAGCAGUCGAAUCGUGCGCCGAUGCAUUCGCAACUUGGAGAGAUUCGCAGCCGUAUGAACGGCGGAGGCUAUUCAACAACCUUGCAAAGCUUCUUCGGGCUAAAGAAGGCGAAAUACAGACGCUUAUAGAGCAAGAGAUUUUGUGCUCGGCCUUAUGGGCAAAGAUAAAUGUCAACGAUUCGAUUGCACUAGCCGAAGAGGUCGCCGCCACAGUAACUUCCGGGGUCUUAUCCGGUCUGGCUCCCAUUAUAAGGGAUCCAGAGGCACAUGCAGUAGUUUUUAAAGAGCCAUUUGGUGUGGUGCUUGGUAUCGCCCCAUGGAAUGCACCACUGAUCCUCGGACUUCGAGCUGUUGCCGCAGCAGUAGCCGCGGGAAAUACUGUCUUGCUCAAAGGGUCUGAAAUCAGUCCUAGAACCCACUAUUCGCUCGCGAAGCUCUUUCAGGAUGCUGGCUUCCCUCCAGGAGUGGUCAACUACAUCCAACACUCCCCGGAGGAUGCGGUGAGCUGCUUCGAAGCCCUAAUAUCUCACGGCGCUGUGCAAAAGUGUAACUUUACUGGUUCUACGGCAGUUGGUCGGCAUGUUGCGCAGCGAGCCGCAUUCUAUCUCAAACCCGUGGUCCUGGAGCUAGGAGGCAAAAACUGCGCCAUCGUGCUUGAGGAUGCGGAUCUCACAAAAGCGGUGGACCAGGUACUACUCGGAGCGUUUCUCAAUUCUGGCCAAAUCUGCAUGUCCACGGACCUGGUAUUAGUGGCACAAUUAGUGGAGCAGCAGUUCCGAAGACUUCUACAUCAGAAGCUGUCAGAUGGUUCACAACAGGUUACGGAGGUCAUCAGUCAGAAAAGCCGGUCAAGAAUCGAUGCACUCGUCAGUAACGCAGUACAAAAAGGGGCAAGCACAACGACGGCAGAAACGGGGACUCGUGCCUCGUCAAUCAUCAUCGGAGAUGUCACUCCACACAUGGAAUUUUGGGAGCAAGAGUCAUUUGGACCAUUGCUGGGCUUACGGGUGUUCGAUGAAGAGGAGGCAGCUAUCCAGAUGGUGAACGAUUCUCCGUACGGAUUAUCGGGCGCGAUCUUCAGUCGCAACUACCUCAAGGCUUUGAAGCUCGCGAAAAGGCUUAACAUGGGCGCUGUCCAUAUUAACUCAGCCACUGUGCACGAUGAAGCUUGUUUGCCGCACGGGGGCAGGAAGGAGAGUGGAUGGGGACGGUUUGGGGCGCACUGGGGCUUCGAGGAAUUCCUACAAACGAAAACCAUCAUCCUGCAUCCUUGACUGGAGUCGAGAUAAUCAGCGUUUUCCUAACCCUCUUACUGCUGGAGAAGAAAUGCAAAUGUCUGAAGUAUAGCAGGUUGUCAAGCUUGUGACCCUUUGCAACGCGGUGAGCCUCGAUCGGGACACAACGCAUGCGGCUAGGGACACUUACUAGGUAGCAAAACGGAAAUCAAUACUCAAACACCCGCUUUGCAUACAC